CUGGCCCAGGUGUAAAAGCUGUUAACGCCCUCUUUCUACCGUGUGUAGAAACUGAAAGUAUGGAAGGCUUUAUUGUUUUGAAAAUGUAUGUAAAAAAUGUAGCUGUUCUGGAAUACAUCGUUUGAAGACCCGUUUAUAGCUUUAUUUCGACAGUUUAAUUUAAUCCAGAUGGACAGAUCAGAGUCACCAGAACACAGCUGUGUUUCCAUGAAGAGUGACUGGUCUAUGGAGCAUCCACCUCUGUUAAAGGAACACACUGAUCAUGGAUUUAGAAAUGCUACAGAUAAACAAUUAAAGAUGGAUAGAUCAAAGUCAGCAGAUGCCAGCUGUGUUUCCAUGAAGAGUGACUGGUCUAUGGAGCAUCCGCCUCAGUUGAAGGAACCCACUGAUCUUGGAUUUAGCCCAAAACAGCUGGAAAGAUCGGAUCCACCUGAACCCAACUGUGUUUUCAUUAUGAGUGACCAGUCUAUGGAUUCUUCACCUACCAAAAAAAUGUCUCCUGAUUUAAGAUAUUACUGUCAGUUUGCUGGAGUCCUCAACAUUUUCAGAUCAAAUCUACAGAGGAAGUUUGAGUGUUUGUGUGAGGGAACAUCACAGCAAAGAAACCCAACACUGCUGAAUAAGAUCUACACAGAGCUCUACAUCACAGAGAGUGAAAGUGGAGAGAUCAGUAAUGAACAUGAGAUGAGACAGAUUGAGACACAAUCCAGAAGAACAGAAACGGAGGACACACCGAUCAAAUGCAAAGACAUCUUUAAACCUUUACCUGCACAAGACAAACCCAUCAGACGUGUGCUGACAAAGGGAGUCGCUGGCAUUGGAAAAACAGUCUCUGUGCAGAAGUUCAUUCUGGACUGGGCUGAAGGGAAAGAGAAUCAGGACGUCCACCUCAUAUUUCCACUUCCUUUCAGAGAGCUGAAUCUCAUGAAAGACCAAAAACUGAGUCUUCUGGAGCUUCUUCGUGUUUUCUUCCCAGAGACAAAAGAAAUGGAAAUCUCCAGCGGUGACUAUAAAGUGUUGUUCAUCUUUGAUGGUUUGGAUGAGUGUCGCGUGUCUCUGGAUUUUCGCAGCCGUGUGAGGUUGUGUGAUGUCAGUGAAUCGGUGUCAGUGGACGUGAUGCUGACAAACCUCAUGGCGGGGCAUCUGCUUCCCUCCGCUCUCAUCUGGAUCACCUCCAGACCAGCAGCAGCCGAUCUCAUCCCGUCUGAGUGUGUCGAUCGAGUCACUGAGGUACGAGGCUUCACUGACAAACAGAAGGAGAAAUACUUCAGAAAGAGAAUCAGUGAUGAGAGUCUGAACAACAGAAUCAUCUCACACCUGAAGUCAUCCAGGAGCCUCUACAACAUGUGUCACAUCCCAGUGUUCUGCUGGAUUUCUGCCACUGUUCUAGAGAGAAUGUUGAGCAAGACAAAAAGAAAAGCCAAGAGUGAAGGAGAGAUCCCCAAGACUCUCACUGAAAUGUACACGCACUUCCUGAUCAUUCAGACAAACAUCAAACAUCAGAAGGACUACGAGAAGAAUGAUGAAGACAUGAUGUUGAAACUGGGCAAACUGGCUUUCGAGCAGCUUGUGAAAGGCAAUCUAAUCUUCUAUGAUGAAGACCUGAGAGAGUGUGGCAUUGAUGUAGCAGAAGCAUCCGUGUACUCAGGAUUGUGCACUCAGAUCUUCAGAGAGGAGUUUGGCUUGUAUCAGGGGAAAGUUUACUGCUUUCUUCAUCUCACCGUUCAGGAGCAUCUAGCAGCUCUACAUGUGCUCUUCUCAUUCCUGCUUUAUAAUGAGGAUGUGCUUAUUCAAAGUUUACCUUCUAAACAUUCAGAUGAGUUCAGCUGUGACACAAUAUCAGAUGUGCAUCAGAGAGCUGUGGAUAAAGCUCUACAGAGUAAGAAUGGACAUCUGGAUCUUUUCCUCAGAUUUCUUCUGGGUCUCUCACUGGAGUCCAACCAGAAACUUCUGCAGGAUCUUCUGACACGCACAGUGAACGACUCCUGGAGCAACGAGAAAACGGUUGAGUACAUUAAAAACAGAAUAAGAAUGAAUCCAUCACCAGAGAAAUCCAUCAAUCUGUUUCACUGUUUAAAUGAACUGGGUGAUCAGUCUCUUGUGAAUGAAGUGCAGGAGUUUGUCAAAUCUGGAAAUCUAUCAAGCAGCAGAUUCUCCUCGUCUCAGUGGUCAGCAGUGGUGUUUGUUUUACUGACCUCAGAGCAGUUAGAUGUGUUUAAUUUAAGAAAAUACAUAAGCACCGAUGUCAACAGGAACCAAAUGACACCAGAUGAAGUUCUUCAGAAACUGCUGCCUGUGGUUGAAGCUUCAAGAUCUGCUGAGCUUUCUGAGUGCACACUCUCAGAGAAAUGCUGUUAUGGUCUGGCUUCAGUUCUCACUUCUAAAUCUUCAAGUCUGAGAGAUCUGAAUCUGUCUGGAAAUACAUUUGGAGAUUCAGGAGUGAAGCUGCUCUCUGUUGGACUGGAGAAUCCAAAUUGUAAACUGGAGAAAUUGAAAUUGAGUGAUUGUGGUGUCAGAGAUGAAGGUUGUGUCGCUCUGGCUUCAGCUCUGAGAUCAAACCCCUCACACCUGAGAGAACUGAAUCUGUCUGGGAGUAAUAUCAGUGGUUCAGGAGUGAAGCUGCUUUCAGCUGGACUGGAGGAUCCAGACUGUAAACUGGAGAAACUGGUGUUGUGGGAUUGUGGUGUCACAGAUGAAGGUUGUGCAGCUCUUGCUUCAGCUCUGAUAUCAAAGUCACACCUGAGAGAACUGAAUCUGUCUAGGAACAAACUAGGAGGUUCAGGAGUGAAGCUGCUGUCCGCCGGACUGAAGAAUCCAAACUGUAAACUGGAGAAACUGAGGUUAACUCGUUGUGGUGUGACAGAGGAAGGUUGUGAUGCUCUGGCUUCAGUUCUGACAUCAAACUCACACCUGAGAGAUCUGAAUCUGUCUGAGAAUAAUCUAGGAGGUUUAGGAGUGAAGCUGCUCUCCGCCAGACUGAAGAAUCCAAGCUGUAAACUGGAGAAACUGACGUUGUGGGAUUGUGGUGUCACAGAUGAAGGUUGUGAUGCUCUGGGUUUAGCUUUAAAAUCAAACUUAUACCUAAGGGAUCUGGAUCUGACAAAGAAUAAUUUAGGAGAUUCAGGAGUGAAGCUGCUCUCCGCUGGACUGGAGAAUCCAAACUGUAAACUGGAGACACUGUGGUUGAGUGAUUGUGGUGUCAGAGAUGAAGGUUGUGUCGCUCUGGCUUCAGCUCUGAGAUCAAACCCCUCACACCUGAGAGAACUGAACCUGUUUAAGAAUAAACUGGGAGAUUCAGGAGUGAAGCUGCUCUCUGCUUUAAAGGAGGACCUACAUUAUAAACUGGAGACUCUGAGUACUGGCUGGGAUGAUGACUAUAAAGAUUUUUUCAUGAGCGAAUGGUGACUGUGGAUCCAUCAUAGAGACAUCACAGCCAACAGAAUUAACAGAGAUUACAAAAAGUUUGAAGAGAUUGAGUAAUCAAUCACUGUUAUAUUAUUUUUAUAUAUAUUUUAUUAUAUAAUACCAGCUUUACAAUUUCUCGUUGUUGUAAGGUCUGAUAUACAGCAUGUAUUCCAUGUUUUAUAAGGUAAUACUAUAAUUCAGGUUUAAAAUAACCCAGAAAAUUAUCAUUUGCUAAUUUUGCACAUUUUUAUUGUACUCAUCUGAUCUGUAUAUACAAAGGCCAAGUGCCACAUUAUUGUUUUUCAACUGUUGACAAACUGGAUUAUUUGUUUUCGAGAAAGAAUCACUCUUUUCAUCCGACUGUAGAUUAUACUGUUAAAUAUAAAGUUUAUUCUGUGGUCAGAAGCUUCCUGUCUCAAUCUGAAUAAAGUUUAUUGA